CUUCCUCCCUCCACAUUGAAAUGCAGCUGCGCCAUUCCUCCUUUGUCCAGUGAAGAGAGCGCGGCGGCCUGCAUCGCAAAGACACCGGCGAGCUUUGCAUUUCGACCAUUUAUUGCACCACAGUCGUCUUUUCUUUUAAGGUGAUACUAACGAACGGAGCCAGGCUUUGUUCGUUAACCCUGUCCUGCCAGAGCGUGAUGAGUAAUUUUGAGUCCGCCAUAGAGCCAACCCCGCAGAAGAAAACCAAAAUGGAAGACACUAAAUACCUGCCGGAGCUCCUCGCUGAAAAAGACAGCCUGGAUUCAUCGUUCACGCACGCCAUGAAACUCAUUUCUGCAGAAAUUGAGAGGAUUCAGAAAGGUGAAACCAAGAAAGAGCCAGAGAAGGAAACCUAUCUGGACCUGUUUGCUACCAGAAAUCAUAAACUAAAAGAGCGGGUGCUCAUUCCUACCAAGCAGUACCCAAGGGUCAACUUUGUUGGUAAGCUUUUGGGACCUCAGGGCAGCACAAUCAAGAGACUCCAGGAAGAGACCGGCGCCAAGAUCUCGGUUCUGGGUAAAGGCUCCAUGAGGGACAAGAAUAAGGAGGAAGAGCUGAGGAAGGGUGGUGAGGCCAAAUAUGCUCACCUGGCCAUGGAACUGCAUGUGUUCAUUGAGGUUAUGGCGCCCAUACCAGAGGCCUACAUGCGCAUGGCUCAUGCCAUGGAGGAGGUCAAGAAGUUCCUUAUCCCGGAACCUGGUGAGCACGACCCAUACAUGGAUCCUCACUUCCUGAAUGGAUCCCAGGAUGGCUCAGGCAGGGGGCGAGGUGGUCACAUGGGAAGAGGCAGAGGUGGACCACCUGGUGCUGGACCAAGGGGUCGUGGGAUGCCACGCGGGGGCCCUCGAGGUGCAAUGCGCGGUGGCGGUCCACGCGGAGGAUUAGGACGGGGAAAUGGUCCAAGAGGUGCACCAUCUGGUAGGGGUGGACUAUCUUCUGCUCCUAACAGGGGUGGCUCAGCGGCCCGCUCCAGACCCCCUGCAGCUGGGGCUCCCAGGAUGCUCCCCGCUUCAGGCAUGUCCCACCAGCAGGGUCCUAAUUCAGGAACGCAGCCCAAAGCUGAUGGAUAUGAGGACUACCCUCCAUACGAUGAAUCGUAUGCAGAGCCCUCCUAUGAAGGAUACGACAGUUACUACAACCAACAAGCUGCCCCUGGGGAUACUGAAUAUUACGAUUACGGACACGGAGAGGCCCAGGACUCGGCAUAUGAGCCUUACGGUCAGGAUGACUGGGACAACUCAUGGUCCAACUCUGGGGGUGGAGGCAAAGCCCCACCGGCCAGGAAUUCAAAGGGAUCGUAUAGAGAGCAUCCUUAUGGAAGAUACUGAACGGCCACUGGUAGAGAGUUGCUAUGGCAACUGUCACAGAUUGUAACUCCCUGAACUUUUCAAAAGUAAUUUCCCUCUUGUUUGUUCCCUUUUUUUAUGGUUUAUUUUUAUUUUUGUUUUUUAAACUCAGUAGAGCAGUUUUGUUGGAUGUAUCAUAGCGUGCCAGGGGAGAAACAUGGAGAAGGUUUUUCAUUGUUUACCUGUUUCCAUUUAAUGUUUGUUUCAGUUGCGUAGUUGGCAGGUCCUAGUGACAAAAACUCAACAAAAGGAACAGGAGUAACAUUUUAGUGCUAUUUGAUGGUUAUUAUUUAAGUUAAUUGUCCAUGAACAAAAUGUGAUUGUGGCGAUAAAUUUCCCAAGUAGGCUGCAUUUUAAAAGUCCUUCAUGACUGGACAAAAAUUAUUCAUAUUGUGACCUCACUAUAACUAGAAUAGAUUAGUCACCAACUCAAAUACAACCGUUUUGAUUAAAAACAAAAGUCUUAUCGUAUGUUUGUUUAUACUACAAUACAAAUCUAGUCUUGUGUUAAGUUAUAGUCUCCUAAAAGCAAUUGAAAUCCUUUUUGAGAAAGAAAAAUGCUUCUAUCUAUACUAUACAAUUGGUAUGUAAUGAUCUGUCGGAUUAUUACUUGGAAAAUCAACACUGAUCGACUAAUUCUUGUAAAGCUUGAAGGAUUAACAAUCCUUACUGUGUGUGAGGAAAGCUGCAGCCAACUCAAUAUUUUGUACAUAAUCUUAGGACAACUGUGUAUGCUUUAAGCCGUGCCGUCUCCAAAAUGCAUAAUGCUUGUGUACCUUUGGCUAAAUAGGAUACUAAAUAUAUCCCAAAAUGUUUUUCUGCAGUGCGUGUUUCAAUAAAGUUUCUAGUUUCUUUUUAAUCAA